AUGGCGGCUAGAAAAUCCCUUUUGCAAACAGAAUUGAAUUCGUCAUCUUCCGAUGACGAUGACGAUUAUUUCAUCUUGUCUGCAGCUCGAAUAGUGCAAUCUUUUUCGAAUGAAAAAGGAAAACAUGGUGGUUCUGUCCAUGGCCAUCAAGUUUUGUAUAGAGAUCGAGAAGGCGGUCACAAAAGGAUGUUUCAAGAUUAUUUGGUCGAUGAUCUGACGUACCCCCAACACAUAUUCCGUCGGAGGUAUAGGAUGAAUAGGGAGCUUUUCCUACACACAAUGAAUGCGGUAGAAUCAUAUGAUGACUACUUUGUGCAAAAAUGGAGUGCCGCCAAUGUAGCUGGACUGAGUUGCUUCCAAAAAGUGACUUCAGCAUUCUGUAUGCUUACUUAUGGAGUUCCAGCUGAUGCUACGAAUGAGUAUGUUCGCAUUGGAGAAAGUGCGGUACUUGAGAGCCUACGAAGGUUUGUUGCUGCAGUAGUUGAUAUCUUUGAAGAUGAAUAUCUGAGAUCGCCUAAUGAGGUUGACACAACACGCUUACUUGCGCUCGAGGAGCAAAAAGGGUUUCCUGAGGGUACAGCUCCUAAGGUGAACUAUACCAUUAAUGGGCAUGAUUACACAAUGGGAUAUUAUCUAGCUGAUGGUAUAUACCCAUCAUGGGCUACUUUUGUUAAGUCCAUCUCUCAGCCUAUGGGGAACAAGAAAAAAUAUUUCGCAAAAGCACAGGAAGCAGCAAGGAAGGAUGUUGAAAGAGCUUUUGGAGUUCUUCAAUCAAGGUUCGCCAUUGUUCGAGGGCCAAGUCGUGUGUGGGACACAGAGACUCUAGGAAAUAUUAUGAAAGCUUGUGUUAUUAUGCAUAAUAUGAUCAUUGAGGCCGAGGGAGCCGUUGACCCCAAUGAGCGCUUCGAGUACGGUGGACAAAAUGUGGAGCCUUCUCAUGAGAGUAAUCGAACCAUCGAUGAAUUUAUUGAUCCACAUAAAAGGAUCAGAGACAACGAAAUCCAUCACCAGUUAAAAGAAGACCUGAUCGAGCACUUGUGGCAGCAUUUUCCGGACAAUUAUUAG